AUGUCAGGAAGGACGGUUCUGGGUUGUCUGUAUCUUGUGGUUACUACCCUGGCGAUUUGCCCUCAUAAGGAAAUAGGUUUACUGCGUUGGUCCCAUCAUUCGAGUUGGCCAAGUGGCAAGAAACCGAUAGGUGGCGACUCAGUUGAGAUAAUAGACGGUUUCUUAUUGGACGAGAGCCCGCCACCCCUUCACAGUAUAAUCAUUCAGAAGACGGGUCGAUUGGUGUGGAGCCCGGAUGCAGAAGUCAACUUGACUGUAGACUACAUCCUCAUUUUUGGACGACUGGACAUAGGCAGUGAGGAUUGUCCCUAUGAUAAGAAGACGAGGAUACUGUUGACAGGUAUUCGGGGGCAAUAUACUGUUCCUGAGUAUGAUGAGAAGUUUAUAGGUGUUCCUGCGGGUGGAACUUUGGAACUGCACGGGGCGCCGAAGGUGUCAUGGACGAAAAUCACCCGGACACUUCCGAAGUUGAACCUCUACAGUGGAUUGUUAUAUCAGCAUUCGACUCACAAAGACAAGAAGAGACACGACUGGAAGACGGGGCUAUAUGUAUACGUGGUUGACGCAAACACAGGGGAGGUAACUAAGCAUGAGGGAUUCUACCUAGGCGGAGAAGACGAAUGGUGGCGUAACAAUGACUCUCCUAAGCUCAUCCACUUUCUUGAUGCUAUCCCAGAAGGCCGUUUUGUAAUGAUGGCAGUGCAUAUCAGUCUGAUCCGAUCAAGUUCCAUCAGUACAAUGACCGGGAUAUACGAGGCUGUGGAAAGAUUGGCGUUUGGUGACGGGCAUUCUGGCCAAUCAGUGAUGAGGAACGUUCAGCCUAAAGACGCCUAUGCAAUGAUCACCAGAAAAGGUCACGUGCACGUCACCAAGGAGGCACGAGUGCCGUUUGAGGAGCAGGAUGUUCAGACCGUGACCUUGACCCACACAAGCUGGGCAAGCGGCUUCAAACUGACUGCCAUCAGCUCUAUUGACAAUACGGACGUACAAAAAUGCUUUGUAGACUUUAAAAUCAUAACGACAGAGGGCGCUUAUCCCAUACUUGAUGUCAUCGAUGAUGUCACAUCCUGGAAAGCAGGUGACCGCGUCGUCAUUACGUCAACAGACUUUGAUUGGCGCCAAGCAGAAGACGCCAAAGUAAUAUACUGCCCUGAGUGUAGGAACAACCAAGUGAAAGUCGAGUUGGAGCCACAGUUCAUGCACUGGGGAGAAAUCAUAGACGGUGUGGACGAGAGAGCGGAAGUGGCUCUUCUUACCAGGAAUAUUGUCAUAGAAGGCGCUGUAGAACCGUCAUGUCCGUCAUCCAACAACAACUGUGAUAUUUUUGACUGGGACACCUUUGGAGGACACAUUAAGAUAAUGAAGGGAUUCGGCAAUGUCCACAUAGAGGGCGUGGAGUUUUACCACAUGGGACAACAGACACAAGAGGGUCAUUAUCCUAUCCAUUUUCAUAUGGCGGAAGAUGUGGAUGAAAAGGGAGGCUACUCUCACCCAGCCUACGUCCGCGGGUGUUCCAUUCACGAGUCUUUUGCCAGGUGCAUCACCAUUCAUGGAACUCACGGACUACAGGUCAAAGACACAGUGGGUCAUAAGGUCUUGGGUCACUGCUUUUUCCUGGAAGAUGGCGGUGAAAAAAGGACGUUGUUAGAGGGGAACUUGGGGUCGAGUACGAUGUAUGGGGGACUGAUCCCGUCAGACACAAGGGCUUUGGCCACAUUUUGGAUCACCAAUCCGCAGACCCGAUUACGUAAUAAUGUAGCUGCCGGAUCCCAGGGCACCGGGUUUUGGUUCAUAUUCCCUGACGUGCCGAUCGGAACUUCCGCCGGCAGAGGUUACAUGGCCGAGCACGAGGCUCGGCGUACAGCCAUUACAGAGUUCAACAACAACGUGGCACAUUCCAACCCUAACGCUGGUUUAUUUAUUGAUCAUCGAUUGGCUCCCGACGGAUUUAUCUACAACAACAACGGAUAUGACCCCCGAGUGAACCCGCUAGACAAACUUUCCAGUAAAGCCAAAGUGGAAAUAUACCGGCUUACAGCCUAUAAGAACCGAUAUCAGAAUGCCUGGUUACGUGGAGGAUGGAUUGUCGUGAACCAGUCCUCAUUCGCGGACAGCGCUAUAGGACUGACUCUUGCGCGUGGCAGCGAACAAGAACAGUUUUUGACGAAUUCCAUUAUCGUAGGAGAAACCAGAAACAUCGGAGAACCUUACAAAUUUUACGAUAAAUCGAAGGAAUCUUUCAUCUUUUUGCCAAGAUCUUAUCCACUGGAUUACCAAUUACAAACUCCUAUUCAAGGGUUCAAUUUUUAUGACGGUCCUGUUCACAUCGCUAACGUUUGGUUCAGCGGAUUUAUCGAGAACGAAAAUCGGACUGCCGGAGCCAUCGGCUUUCUCCGGAACAACGCCUAUGCCUCGUCGCCUGUCAGCUCCACCAGGGAUAUACAUUUUAGCUUCUUUGAUGGGCCGACUACAGGUAACCGAGUGUACGACGGUGACUCCAGCGUUCCAGGUUUCACCGAUAAUGACGGAAACAAAGAAGCGACGUUCCGAGACCUUGACGGCAGCGUCACUGGGGUCAAAAACGCUCAAGUGAUCAAACCUGGAGAGUUUUACACUACGUCUCACUGUAUCCAUAAAGCUGGCUGGAAUUUAGCUAUCUGUCCACAUAGAUACGGAAAGAUAGCUGUCAGCAAAAAAGACAAAGAGGACGAAGAGGAAAAGACUCAGCCUGUCAUGGUUCGUGAUGACAUCCCGGAAGUGUACGAGUCCAUGACCGCGCUGUACGCAUCAGACUUUAAUGUGGUGCUGGGCGGAAGUCACUCGUACACUCUCCACUGGUCUCAUCAUAUCCCAGAGACGAUCACCAUGUACGGAUGGGGAAUAGAAAAGCACUACCACGUGCGCGUCGGCGUUUGUUUACCGCGCUACGCAGAGUUUGAGCUGUAUUCUUAUUAUCCAAAAUGGCUGCCCUCCUUGUCGUCAUGGAUACACGCCGGAAGUAUUGAAGAGUUGGAUGAAGAUAUGUCAGGCAAGAAAUAUUUCUGGGAUCCGGAUAACGGUCUGUUGUUCGUUAAAUUCCAACAUUUUCACAAGAGGGUGGAAAACACCACAUCAGACUGCCCCCACGAGAAAUGUCCAAUGGUUCGAAUCACAAUCACCAAAGGCAAUCGGCACGAGGCAGAUUGUAGGAAACAAGCCUACGGACGAUACAGGAGAACACCACUGGAACCGUUGAAUUUUCCCAUCAAAGGAAACGCUGCUGUCCGUACAAUGUACCCACCAGAGAAUUUCGGAGCGGGUCCCACGAAAACCUCCGUAACUCACGAGACCCUGGAGCAAAAGAUAACAAGCAGUCAGAUGGAGUGGUCAAGAUGGGGGCCGUGCUCCAAAACAUGCGGGGGUGGCUUUAGAACUAGAAGACGAGAUUGCCAGGCUGAUUCGUGUCUAGGGCCUCUGGUUGAGAAGAAAGAAUGUGCCACACGUUUUUGUCCUGAAAAUGGCGGCUUUUCACCCUGGUCAGAUUGGACGGUUUGUUUCAAACUGACUGGUUGUCAAGGCUUUCAGCGGCGGUCACGUGACUGCGUUGACCCCACCCCUCACGGCGGCGGGAUGUACUGUGAAGGAGCCGUUGAGCAGGACACAUUGAUAACUUACUGCUUCCGAAUCAAUAAAGAACAAUUUCCAGUCCAGGUUAUACCCGACCAGCCAACCCGAGCGGGAAAAGGAGUCCCAGAAAAUUCUAUACCAGACAGACCUCUGUCCGCCACGUACAGCGACAUAGAGAAUUGA